AGACUGCAGGUACUGUAUUUCUAGCCGUGGAAAACCAUUUGUGGUUUGAUAAACAACAAACAGCUUCAAAUAAACGUAACACAGACAUUAAAGCCACCAUGACUUCGAUUGAAGACAAGAUUCGCUCCGCUGCAACUCGCAACCAUGAGCUACUUGGCGUCCUGUCUAUGACAGACUAUGCCAUACCCGGCUUUGAGAACCAGAAAAUGUACAUCGCCGACUUGGAAAACCAGGCAAAAAAGAACGCAGCCAAACUAGCGAGUCUGAAAAGCAAGCACUUAGUCGAGCUGAGGGAGCAUGAGCAGUACCGUGACAGCAUCGUCCGGCGCUUCAUGUACAAGAUCGGUGGCAAGAAGGAUAAGUUCGAGGCUCGCGCCGCCAAGGAAGAGCGCGAAUACUUCGACGUGUUGCAAGAAGAACACCGCGAGACGGAGGUGAAGAAGAACCUCGAGUCCGCGCUGGCCCAGGCGCGGCAAGCGUCAGCCGAGCUUGAGGCGGUCGUCGAGCGGCACAAGACCGCACAGCGGGAGCUUAACAGCCUCUACAACGACAUCUUCUCAGGGCCCACACCCCAGUUCCCUGAGGAGGAUGAGCGGGAGCAGGCCUUCACGUCCGCGCAGGUGAAUUACCACGAGGCUCGCAUGCGUGCGGAGAGCCAGAUCCACGCCAUCGGGAUGCUGGAACAGGCGAGACAGCGCAUGGUUAAUGCCCUGCACGCCAUGCAGGACGCGCUAUCCGCGUCUCGCCUUGACAUGUUUGGCGGGGGCACCAUGGCCGACGUGAUGGAGCGAAAUGCCCUCUCACAGGCCGAGGUGCACAUCUCUCAGGCACGCAUGGACAUGAUGAACGCGCAGCGGAUGGACGGCGCAAUCAAGGACCUACCCCCCGUGAAAAUCUCCCACGGUAAUCUGGUGGGCGAUGUGCUGUUUGACAACAUCUUCUCGGACAUGGACUUCCACGAGAAGAUCAAGCGGUCGAAUCUCGAGGUGGAACGCUGCGCCCAGGCGCUCAAGCAGGAGAUUCAGGGAGCACAGCAUAGACAUGAGGGCAUGGAGGGUGAGCUGAGAGACAAGGAGAGACAGCUGAAAGAUACGCGAACGGCGCUCCAGGCGGUGAGGGAGAUGGCGUUUGAGAGGACGCUGAACGGCUCGAGCGGGGAGUUGGAGUUGCCACCGGCGUACGGAGAACAGCGAGUAGUUAUGUGA